AUGGCGGCGCUUCCGGUCCCGCUGCCCUCAGCGAAGAUGGCGGCAGUGGACAAGCGGCGGCCGGCCGUGGCCCCGGCGGCCAGUUUCCCGGACAGCGGCCGGCCGGCGGUGUCCCAGGCGGCGGCAACUCCCGAGAGCGACGAGGACUUCCUGCGGCAGGUCGGCGUGACGGAGAUGCUGCGCGCGGCCCUGCUGAAGGUGCUGGAGGCGCGGCCCGAGGAGCCGAUCGCUUUCCUGGCGCACUACUUCGAGAACAUGGGCCUGCGCUCGCCGGCCAGCGGCGGCGCCGGGGAGCCCCCGGGCCAGCUCCUGCUGCAGCAGCAGCGCCUCGGCCGCGCGCUCUGGCACCUGCGCCUGGCUCACCACUCCCAGAGGACGGCCUUCAACAACAACGUGGGCGUGGCCUACGAGUGCCUGAGCGCCAGCGGGCGCAAGAAGAAGCCGGGGCUGGACGGGCGCACCUACAGCGAGCUGCUGAAGCGCGUGUGCCGCGACGGGGAGGCCCCCGAGGAGGUGGUGGCGCCCCUGCUGCGCAAGAUCCAGUGCCGCGACCACGAGGCCGUGCCGCUGGGCGUCUUCCGCGCCGGCAUGCUCACGUGCUUCGUGCUGCUGGAGUUCGUGGCGCGCGCCGGCGCCCUCUUCCAGCUGCUGGAGGACCCGGCCCUGGCCGUGGCGGACCGCCGCGUGGGCCAGGCCGUGCUGGACACCUUGGAGGGGGCCCUGCAGGCCGGUGACGGCCCCGCCGCGCCCGCCCGCUACCUGGAGGCCGGCUCGCGCCUGGGCCCCGACAGCCUGGCGCUCGCCAUGGACCGCGCGCUGGGGGCCCGGCGGCCCGGCGCCCCCAUGACCCGCGAGGAGUUCCUGGAGAAGGCCGCCGCGCUCUUCAUCGCCAAGGUCAAGCCGGUGGGCUGAGCCCCCCU